UUCAAACUAUAAGAAGAAGAAAAAAACUUGUCCAUCAUCACCAGAAACCGGCUUAAAGGAUAACAGCAGGAAAACUUUGCCCGUUCAAACGGGUUCAGCUUUGCUUUUGGGUUCAUUCUCAGUAUCACCGUUGCUGGGUAGAAAAAAGUGGCCGUUUAACCCCGGGAGCAAAAGUCAGUUCCAUCGCGCCAUCCAACCCGUCAAGAUGUCGCACUACCCACCGUAUCAGCCCCACGGAACCCCGCUGCCGCACAACCCGCACGAGGGACCGAUUUCGCACACCGUUUUUCCACCGGAGAUGAACCCCAACUAUCCGCAUCGGCCCCUGCAGGAUCCACCGCACCAUCACUAUCCGGGCCAGGUUCAGUACCCGCCGCCCCAUCUGAUGCCACCGUCAUCGGACGGUUCGGACGUAACGUACUACCCGCCUGGACAUUACCCACCCGGGCAGUACCCGCCGCCGGGGCACUACCCACCGGGGCAGUUCCCACCGCAUCACUAUCCGAACUAUGACCAGGCCGUGGCCUUCGGAGGUGGGGCUGCCGCUGCCAAUCCGAGGAAGGCACCAGAGGAGAAGAAAUCGUAAAGUUUUGCUCCAAGUUUCAUAAAAAAAAAGUUUUACUAGUAACGUAAUGUUUUUUUUUAGUUACAUAGUGUGUAGUUCUAAUAUUUUGGCAAUAAAAAUUAUUUAAUCAUA